GACACUUAUCCUCUCAACAACUUCCUUUGCUACAAAGACAAAAUGGCGGCCUCCUUACAACGCAUUGGAAUAGCUAUCUGCCGCACAUUUCCUGUCAUUUUACAACGAAAUAUUCAAACACAGAGAAUUCGUGAUUGGACAAUAACUUCAAGUGCUGCUCCAGGGCUGCGUCUGAAGUUUCGUGCUUUAUCAUCAUCGUCUGCUGAAAACACAGAAUCAGCCGAGACACUGUCUAGAUAUUCAGACAGACCAUGGGAAUACUUAGAAAGUGAAGAGUACAUUGAGCGCUAUGCAUCAAAGCCUGUGUGGUCUAACUACAGAAGGAAUCAUAAGGGGGGCGUCCCUCCUCAAAAGACAAGAAAGACCUGUAUUAGAGGGGAUAAGAUAUGUGGUAACCCUUGUCCCAUCUGUCGUGAUCCAAACAUCAUUGUCCAUUACAAGAAUGUGAAUCUGUUGCAGCAGUUCAUUAGUCCUCAAACAGGAAUUGUGCACGAUCCCACUCGAACCGGUGUGUGCAUGAAACAACAGAAACUACUUAACAAGGCCAUUGAAACCGCUAGAGAUUGUGGUUUACUUGCUGUUCAGUUACCUCAUGUUGAUUACUCUAAAGAGGACUACACAAACACUCAUGGUGCUGUAGCACCAACUCCUGCCCCAUUUUCUCUCAGCUCUGGAGAACUGUGGUAUUCGUGGUAUGGUAGUAUAAAACCAGGUGAGCGAGAACUGGCAAGAGUGAAGCGGAUCUACAAAGACUACCUGAAACCGGAUGUUUGAAUCUUGUUGCAAUAGACCUUAGUCAGAGCAGAUGCCAUGUAUUUUACAUGCAUGAAAACAAGGCAGUGAGGGAUAGAGACUUACUGUCUUUACAAUGUCAUUUUUCAAACUCUUUAUGGCGUUGUCUACUGAAAGCUUUUUGGAAAGACAUUUCAUUA